AGCUGGAACCCUGCACCUUCCCUUCCUCUGGGCCCUGCCUCCCACAGGCCGGAGCUCACUAGAACUUUGCCAUUCGCUCCGGAGGGAACACAGUGGACGAUGAGGAGAAAAGAAUGAAUGUCAAGGGAAAAGUGGUCCUGAUGGUGCUGGUGCUCACAACGGUGGUUGUCGUGUUUUGGGAAUAUGUCAGCAGCCCUGAAGGCUCCUUCUUGUGGAUAUGUCACACAAAAAUUCCAGAGGUUGGUGACAGCAGCAGGCAGGACUGGUGGUUCCCAAGCUGGUUUAGCAACAGGUCCCACAGUUACCAAGAAGAGGACGUAGGAAGAGGCAGAGAAAAGAAACAAAAUGGAGACAGCAUUGAGGAGCUUCGGCUGUGGGACUGGUUUAAUCCAAAGAACCGCCCGGAGGUUUUGUCGGUGACUCCGUGGAAGGCGCCCAUCGUGUGGGAAGGCACUUACGACAGAGCCGUGCUGGAAAAGUAUUACGCCAGACGGAGAAUCACCGUGGGGCUGACGGUUUUUGCUGUGGGAAAGUACAUUGAGCAUUACUUGGAAGAUUUUCUAGAGUCCGCUAACAGGCACUUCAUGGUUGGCCACAGGGUCAUAUUUUAUGUCAUGAUAGACGAUACCUCCAGAAUGCCUUUUAUACACCUGAGUCCUCUGCAUUCCUUACAAGUGUUUGAGAUCAAAUCUGAGAAGAGGUGGCAAGACAUCAGCAUGAUGCGCAUGAAGACCAUCGGGGAGCACAUCCUGGCCCACAUACAGCACGAAGUCGACUUCCUCUUCUGCAUGGACGUGGAUCAGGUCUUUCAAGACAACUUUGGUGUGGAGACUCUGGGUCAGUUGGUUGCUCAGCUCCAGGCCUGGUGGUACAAGGCCGAUCAUGAUGAGUUUACCUAUGAGAGGCGGGAGCUGUCGGCGGCGUACAUCCCAUUUGGACAGGGGGAUUUUUAUUACCAUGCAGCCAUUUUUGGAGGAACGCCCACUCGCGUUCUCAACCUCACCCGGGAGUGCUUUGAGGGAAUCCUCCAGGACAAGGAAAACAACAUAGAAGCCGAGUGGCAUGAUGAAAGCCACCUUAACAAAUACUUCCUUUUCAACAAACCCACUAAAGUCUUAUCCCCAGAGUACUGUUGGGACUAUCAGAUAGGCUUGCCUUCAGAAAUUAAAAAUGUCAAGGUAGCUUGGCAGACAAAGGAGUAUAAUUUGGUUAGAAGUAAUGUCUGACUUCAAAUUGUGCUGGUAGAUUUCUAAAUUUGACAGAAUUAUUCUGGCUAAUUCCUCAAAAAAGUAGUAACAGUUAAUUUUUAACUUGAAAAUCAAAACCAAAACCCACCAACAUGGCAAACACAUACUAUUUCUCCUUACAACUUUGAGCCUUGUAAUAUGUGAAAAAGAGUCUAUGGUAAGUAAUCAGAUGUAAAUUCUCAGUGAUUUCUUAUAUAUUCUGGGUUUGGGGGAAAUACUGUAUAGGCUGAAAUCAAAAUUGAUUUGCCAUAGGUAAAGAAAAAGCCAGAACAUUCUACGUAGUAUGCCAGAUAGCCUAUUGGAGAACAGGGUGCUAAGAGAAAUGUUUGGCAACAAAAUGGGCUAGAUCGGAGUGGGGGGUGCUGUCCCCUCGGUUCAUUGCCUUCUUUGUGGGGAUUCUAAAGCAACACAGAGAGACUUUGCAGAAGAGAACUGUAUAAGGACACCAGCAUGGUCCUCAAAGGAUUUUUACAGCCACUGGCAUCCAGCCAUUGGCAGCCCAGAUGCCAUUCAGCUAUUGUUUGGCUUCUGUGCAUGAGGAAGGUCGAGAGCGCUGAUGGGCAUCGUGGUGGCACAUGUCCAGAGUCCCAGUACUAUGGGGCUGACCACCUAGGGGCUGUGCUGUGCUGAGGGACAUGGCAGGGAGUUGGUGCUUGAAUUGAGGUGUAAAUACAGGCAGCGUUCUUGACAAUGACUAAUAGCAGGAAUGGAAUAGAAGGUGAGUGGGUGGCAUUACGGAAGGAGAGGACCCGAUUUCUGCCGGAGGACACUCGGUCAUCAUCUGGUCCUACCACCUACUCUGAACCUCAAGGUUCCUCAGCCCAUCAUGUUCCAGUCUGGAGGGCUGACAUGAAGAGAAAGCCCUCCAUCAUGUGACCUUGCUUCCCCCUGCUCUGUCUACACUACGCAAGUGUGAUAGCCAGACAGAUGUACUGGACAACAUGAGUAACUGACUAUAGCAAUGGGAGACCCAGUCACCAUAACUGAGCUGCUAAACGUUCAGUUCCCUUCUCUGAGAGAAGCUUAACUUCUCUGUAAGUGAUUCUCAAACUGUGGGCCACAACCCUUACAAUGGUCGCAUAUCAGAUAUUUUGAUUUAUAACAGCAAAAUUUAUAAUUAUGAAGUACCAAUGAAUAAUUUUAUGGUUGGGGCCACCACAACAUGAGGAACUUGUAGUCAAAAGUUUCUCUGGUCCCACCUGGUCCCACAGUCCUUCAGCUGCUUAUAAAAUAAUCACUCAGAGGCUUAAUAUUUUUUACAAACUGUAUGGCCUACGGCAGGCAUCUUGCUAGCUAGCUCUUAUAUCUUAAAUUAACCAUUUCUAUUAAUCUGUGUUUUGCCACGUAUUCUGUGGCUUUACUGGUCUGCUGCCAUGUUGCUCCUUGGGCAGCAGGCUGGCGUCUCUCCCACUCCACCUUUCUCUUUCCUGUCUCUCUCCUUGGAUUUCCCGCCUGCCUCUAAGCUGCCAUAGGCCAAAGCAGCUUAUUUAUUAACCAAUGGGAACAACAUAUACCAUAGCAUACAGAAAGGCAUCCCCCAGCAGGAACUGUAUUAGAGGGUGGCAGCAUUAGGAAGGUUGAGAACCACUGCUCUAUAUGGUAAUGUAAGCACAUCGGUGUAAGGGGGUUGUUGGCUCAUAUUUCCAUGUAUGCAUAUAUUCAUAUUUCCAUAUGUGCAUAUUUAUUUUGCUUGUCUUCCAGUUGUGCCAUCUGUUUCCAUUCUCAAGCAAUUUAUUUAAAAAGCCGUUGCACUCUCAAUGUAUAGUGUGAAGAGCUUCAAUAAAAAACCGUCUUACAUUUUGUCCACAUUACACCACCUCUUACUCUUCAGUUGUUGAAAAAAAAAGUCAUAUACCCAGCAGCAACAAAAAAGCUCACAAAUUUCCUGAAUGAGUGGGCUUUGCAGAAGGAAGUGGUGACUGCACACUGGCUAAGAACCCCACCUCCCUGUCGUUCAGGUUGUGCUGGAUCCAGACUGAAGAGGGAGAGUUUGAUGUGUGAAGUCCUGAACCAAAGAAAUGAUCUGUUCUGAAAGUGUAGCAAAAGGCUGAAGAAAUUUU